GGCGCACGAUGGGGUCGCGGGCAGCGAUGGUGGCGCCGAGCGGGGCCGGGGCCGGGGCCGGGGCCGGGGCGCUGUGCCUGACGCUCCUCUGGCUGUCGGUCGCGCCGCUGCCUCGCGGCGCCUGCGGCUCGGAGCUCCUCGGGCCGGCGGAGGUGCCAGGCGGCGCGGGCCCCGGGGAGCGGUUUAAGAUCGAGGGCCGGGCCGUGGUGCCUGGAGUGAAGCCGCAGGACUGGAUCGCGGGGGCCCGGGUGCUGGUGGACGGGGAGGAGCACGUCGGCUUCCUCAAGACAGAUGGAAGUUUUGUGGUUCAUGAUGUACCUUCAGGAUCUUAUGUAGUGGAAGUUAUAUCCCCUGCUCAUAAAUUUGAGCCCGUGCGAGUUGACAUAACUUCAAAAGGCAAAAUGAGAGCAAGAUACGUGAAUUACAUCAAACCCUCUGAAGUUGUCAGGCUGCCAUACCCACUGCAGAUGAAAUCUUCUGGACCACCUUCAUACUUUAUAAAGAGAGAAUCUUGGGGAUGGACAGAUUUCCUCAUGAACCCUAUGGUGAUGAUGAUGGUUCUUCCGUUACUGAUAUUUGUGCUUUUACCUAAAGUUGUCAACACCAGUGAUCCUGAUAUGAGGCGGGAAAUGGAGCAAUCAAUGAACAUGCUGAAUUCCAACCAUGAGCUGCCAGAUGUGUCUGAAUUCAUGACAAGACUUUUCUCUUCAAAAUCUUCCAGCAAGUCUGGUGGUAGCAGCAGUAAAGCAGGGAAAAGUAGUUCUGGAAAAAGGAGGUAGUUGAGUCUUCAGUUUGCACAACUGUUUGUUAUGUGCUGUCAUGUUUAUUUGUCCUGAAAGAUCAAAAAGCCACUACUGUAAACUUUAACCAGGCAGAAAAUCAGUAUGCUACAAUUGUAGUUUGUAGCUUUUUUUUAGACUGUUAUAAGCUGUUUUGUACUUGACAGUAAGCAAAAGAGGACAUGGCUUCAAUACUGUAUCUGUAUAAAGUUACUGGUUAUACUGAAUUAACUAUAUUGUUCUGUAGAGACUUAAAAUAAAUUAUAUGAUGUGCUUCACAGUAAUGAAUGUCUUAAGACAAUGUAUAAAAAUAUUUCAAAGAUAAUACAAGUGGAGUUCAGUCUUAAGAUGUCUUUAAUGUUUUACACUUGCUUGAGUUCUGAAAUGAACAAAUCACCCUUUCAAAAUUGAGUUGUGGGUUUACUAAGUAGUUUGCUGUAUCAGCUUGUCUGAUGUUACAUAUAAAAUAAUUUUAUGUUGUUUACUGCCUACACAAUUUACACAACCACAUAGUGGGUAAGGUUGGAAGGGACCACAGUGGGUCAUUGGGUCCAAGCUCCCUGCUCAAGCAAGGUUGUCCUAGAACACGUGGCACAGAAUUGCAUCCAAAUAGUACUUGAAUAUCUCUAGUGAAGGAGACUCCACAACCUCUCUGGGUAAUCUUUAGUUCAAAGACUUUCCACUUUGUAUUGCCCAGUUUUAUUCUGAUCUACUUCCUGCUAAAAACUCUUUGGGAG